CCCAAAUUCAACGGCUCAUCAAAACAUUCCUCCUCUUCGAAAUCAAUAUCAAGAUUGAUCAAGGUUAAGCAAUAAUAUGUCUGAGCGCGCCCGGAAAGAUCGCGCUGGUUCUCGCCAGUCGAGGACACCGGCAUCGCCGCCGGCUCGGCGUUCGGCGCGUCGAACGGUAGACAUAGACCCCCAGCUCGCGCCAGAGAGCUCGAUGCCUCCGCCACCUACACGAGGGGGAAGGGCUCUCCGCAGCCAGAGCAAAGAAGAGGAGACCCAGGCAGCGAUUCCUCGUCGCGGAACUCGCCGCGAUUUGCGGGAACGAAGCGUGGGCAGUGUUACCAGCAACUUUACUAAAGUCACUGGCACCGAAAUCUACUCGGACUAUCUCAAGCCUCACAACCUUUCAACGGUUGUUGAGGGCGAUUCUGACCACCUCCAAGUGGAGACUGGCUCUCAUCGCCAGAGUUCCGUCGCCCGCUCCGAGGAGAAUGAGACGCCAGCAAAGAGACUAGCUCGUUCGAGACUCAUGAAGACACUUCUUCAACGCCUCUUCAGUGCCUCAGAUGAUCUGCGGAAUCAUCUCCUCAACGCCCGAGGUGGUGACGAAACCUGGGAGGUCGAGCUGGAGUCGUACCGGCAAGCCUUCGCCACCUACCAGGCUAACUAUGCUGACGCCGACAACUUCAUCGACCCAACGUAUGUGUUAUCCAGGCUCGGCGCUCCCGAGGGCUCUCCGGUGUGGUACACUGCGUCGAAAGUUGUCUCGGCCGCGAACAUCGCCGUUUUGCUUGAUGACCUUACGACUCUUCACCCAGACGCAGAAGACAUCCUGAACUGCUUGCAACGCUGGGAUCAGAUAUUCCCCCUGUAUUUCUUCCCCGAGAAAGAAUCAGGCCAGCCCGAUUGGAUGACGAGCCAAGAUAGUUUCGACUAUGCGUUGCAGAUUCGCACUCAGUUGUUGAUUUCGACCCUCCGCAAAUUUGACGGGCCAGAGUACGACCCAUUCACUCUCGUUGCCAACAUUUUCUGUAGCCACGGGACCAGGCCUGAUGAGGUGCGGAAGUUCCUAAACGGCGAUGAUGGGUCCCUGCAGCUCAAGAGCCUGGCUGGAAUCGAUCUCAAUGGCGAAGAGGACGACUGGUUGCGAGAGCGCUAUGUCUCUCAGCUGCAGAGUUUGUGCUUCCUGCUAGCGGACGAGAAGGGCGUGCCGAACAAUCUGGCACAGCUGAGAGAGGAUCACCCGUUCAAUCCCUUUGCUGAUGGACUCGGACACUGGGCGCAUACCUGCUUUGAAGAGAUCAAAGCCGCCAUGCAAGCUGCGCAUUCUUCGACAUUGUUUGGAUCAGCUGGGCAAGGUUCGGUAGGAGGAUCUCAGUUUGAUUCACAAGGCAUUUCCCAACCAAUUGUUCGGGCACCUCCGGGCCAAGCCGCGGCUGCUCCAGGUCUAUCUCAGAUUCAGUUGCUGAAACAAAUGGAACAUCAGCUCGCGGGCACCCCUCCGUCUGCACAGGGGGACCAGGCCAUUACCACCGAUGACGUUCUCCGUCGGAAGCAAGAAAUCCAGUCGAGCAACUACCCGCCAUCUUCGAGGGAUAUUGCAUUUUCGCAGGCUGGUGUUCCACACAACGAUGUGUCGGCAUACGCCGGCCCAAUUCUUGGGGGUGAUGCUUCGGACAGCGGCAUCAUGUAUGCUGAGUCUGCUGCCAGUCUCUCCGGUGGCACGAAGAGACGUCGUGCCGCGGAUGACGACGACGAUUUUGAGACCGAUUCUCGCAUUCCGGACAACCAGCGAAGAGUGGGAGGCGAACCGAGUACCAAACGUGCUCGCUUUGACAGACCGGCAUCUGAUUCAGCAGCCCUUGGCAACGCCGGUUCUCAAGCACCCGAUGAGGAUCAGUUGAUUAAGAAUCCGCCAUCCUCGUACAUGGACCCCGAUCUCGGUGCCUUAUCCCAGAAAUCAAGGGAGAUGUCGAUGGCCGCCCGGAAACCCAAAGAGCCCCAGAUGCGAACACCGUGGUCCCGCCAUGACUGCAGAUUGCUGAUUAGGGCGGUUGACGCCUACAAAUGUAGGUGGAGUACGAUCGAGAAGGAGAUCCAAAAUGGCACCAUUCCCUUCGAGCAUCCACGGGACCAGCAGGCCCUUCGGGAUAAAGCCCGGCUGUUAAAACAAGACUUCUUGAAAGCGGACGGUGUGCUCCCUCCAGGCUUCGACCUUGUUGUUCUGGGGAGAAAGGAGAAAACUUCCGUCAUGCUUUGUGGGAAGAACCCCGACCGCAAGGAGGCUGAUUUGGACGAGGAUAACAUGCCGACUAAUACAGCUUUCCAAGGUUAAAGUUGAGCCCCUUUUUGUAAGAUAGGAGUUGAGCGGAUGUUUCGGCAAGUUCCUAGGUAAUGGGUUCUGUGUUAGUAGCGAGCUGCGAAGGGGUAUUGCCUACGAUGGACAGGGGUUGUCAAAUGUCUAUCUCAGAGCCAGGGUUUCACUUCUUAACAGCACCUUCAUGUCCUAUUAUUGCCACGGAGGAAAUAUAAAUCUGGGACAGGAUUCAGGAAUGGAGUUUCCUGGUGAUCCCUAUCGAUAUUCCGUAAUUAAUCAAAAAAUACUAGGUUCUGGAGGUAGGUGGCAUGUGAC